AUGUUAUGUAGGUUAAGAAAUAAAGACCGAAAGUUACUAAAAAAAGGCAUACCAUAUGAAAUGGCAAAGUUAGAAGUUAGAACUUAUUAUGACGAUGUUAGUGCUACAAUGACAAAAGACACAAAUAUCACACGUCUUAGCGAUGCAGAUGUGAUACCCAUUUCAAUUGAAGAUAAAAAUAAUGGUACCACAUCGUCAAUAACAUCAAUCACAAACGCUAUCGGUAGUUUAAUAACAAACAUUGAUACGAUACAGGCAGGUGAUCGACCGUUCAAUGUUCGACAUCAUAAUACAUAUAUAUAUAUAUGUAGGUUUUGGGUUCUGGCCUGUUAUAACGCCGAAGAAGUAAUUGAAUUAGUAUUAACCAGUCAGGUUGCAAAUUUGAUGUUGGUUGAUAUGCAAUUAGAUCAAAAUUUUGAUUCCAUGUCGUUGAUACAAUUGUAUGAGCUUUUGAUGGAUGGCAGCAUUUUUUUUGUUCAAUAUACGAAAGGACAAAUUAAACGGAUUCAGAUGCAUCAGAAAACAGAGGUUGAAAGAGAAUCAGCAAAUGAAAAGCAAAAUCAAAUGUCUAUCGCUAAAAAUGGCAAUUUUAACGUUGAGCCAAUGGAAGAAGAUUAUGAGGAUGAUUCACGAGAAAGAGGACCAAUCAAUAAUAGAACAAAUAAUUUAAUAGGAAAUAAUGUAAUGCAAAGUUCUUUAUCGUCACAAUCAAAAAUAUCAUGCGUACGACAUAAAGAUGAAUCAAGUACAACUGGUGAAAACACAUCUGGAUCACGAGCAACAAGAUUAAAUGGUUUAGUCAUGUCGGUAAAUGAAGAUGUUAAUGAAGGAUGUGCAAUCGAUAUUAAAGAGAAAGAUAGUGGUAGUAGAUCAACGAGAAAGAAAGAAAGGGCAAAUCCAAUUAUGUCCUUAGCACCAAUACAGAAAUUAUCAAAUUGCAGUGAGGCAGAACGUGCAAACCCUGCACUGGAAAAAGACAAGAAGGAUUAA